AUAUAUAAUUUAAUUCUGAGAAACUAAAAAAUACAUUUCACGAAGGAUUUUUUCCGAUCUACUUGUCCGGCUAUUCACCGAUUUAGAUCUAAUCCUGAGGUUUCCUUUGGCCUAUUGAGGAUUCCGAGAAUGAGACAACGGCAACUAUUUUCCGGCUUUUUGCUUCUCUUAGCUUUCGUUUCGUUCCAGAAGCUUUGCUACUGUGACGAUCAAACGGUUCUUUAUGAGUCUUUCGAUGAGCCUUUUGAUGGUCGCUGGAUCGUUUCGAAGAAUAGUGAUUACGAAGGUGUAUGGAAGCAUGCAAAGAGUGAAGGACAUGAAGAUUAUGGACUUCUCGUGAGUGAGAAGGCUAGAAAGUAUGGGAUUGUGAAAGAGCUUGACGAGCCUCUAAACCUCAAGGAGGGAACUGUUGUUCUUCAGUACGAGGUUCGUUUCCAGGAAGGACUUGAGUGUGGAGGUGCUUACUUGAAGUACCUCCGUCCUCAAGAAGCUGGAUGGACACCUCAGGGAUUCGAUAGUGAAUCCCCUUACUCUAUCAUGUUUGGGCCUGACAAGUGUGGAGCUACAAACAAAGUGCAUUUCAUCUUAAAGCACAAGAAUCCCAAGAGUGGCGAGUACGUUGAACACCAUCUGAAGUUCCCUCCCUCUGUUCCUUAUGACAAGCUUUCCCAUGUCUACACCGCCAUCUUGAAACCCGACAACGAGGUUAGGAUUUUGGUUGAUGGAGAGGAGAAGAAAAAGGCCAAUUUACUCUCUGGUGAAGACUUUGAGCCUGCAUUGAUCCCUGCCAAGACCAUCCCUGACCCUGAAGACAAGAAACCAGAAGACUGGGACGAAAGAGCCAAGAUUCCCGAUCCAAAUGCCGUGAAACCUGAUGACUGGGAUGAGGAUGCACCCAUGGAGAUCGAAGAUGAGGAAGCUGAGAAACCCGAAGGAUGGUUAGAUGAUGAGCCUGAGGAGGUCGAUGACCCCGAAGCGACCAAGCCUGAAGAUUGGGAUGAUGAGGAAGAUGGUAUGUGGGAGGCUCCUAAGAUUGACAACCCCAAAUGUGAAGCAGCACCAGGUUGUGGUGAAUGGAAGAGACCAAUGAAGAGGAAUCCUGCUUACAAGGGAAAAUGGAGUUCACCUCUUAUUGAUAACCCGGCUUACAAGGGAAUCUGGAAACCCAAAGAUAUUCCUAACCCUGACUACUUUGAGCUAGACAGACCCGAUUACGAACCCAUUGCAGCCAUCGGUAUUGAGAUCUGGACAAUGCAAGAUGGUAUCUUGUUUGACAACAUCUUGAUAGCGAAGGACGAGAAGGUCGCUGAGACUUACAGACAGACCACUUGGAAGCCCAAAUUCGAUGUUGAGAAAGAGAAACAAAAGGCAGAAGAGGAAGCUGCUGGCUCUGCAGAUGGUCUCAAGAGCUACCAGAAGGUUGUUUUCGACCUCUUGAACAAGGUUGCAGAUUUAUCUUUCCUAAGUGCCUACAAGUCUAAGAUCACGGAACUGAUUGAGAAAGCUGAGCAACAACCAAACUUAACCAUUGGUGUCCUCGUCUCCAUUGUGGUUGUAUUCUUCUCGCUCUUCCUCAAGCUUAUCUUUGGUGGCAAAAAGGCGGCACCUGUGGAAAAGAAGAAACCAGAAGUAGCAGAGAGUUCAAAGAGUGGGGAUGAGGCGGAGAAGAAGGAAGAAACCGCGGCACCACGCAAAAGGCAACCGAGACGUGAUAAUUAGAACAAGUUUUUAAGUAGUUUUCGAAGAUGUGAAAGGAAAGUUGAGUUUCUCUGUUUUUGGUUUUGGGUUGAAUGUUGUUUUCUGCUGUAGCCUAUAAUGGUGUAACACCAAGUUUGGGAAUUUUUUCUCUUUCGGCGAAGAAAAGUAGGAAGGAAUAUGUAAGUGAAUGAAGACGCUUUCUUGACAGCCCUAAAUUGUAGUUUCUGUUUCUUCUUUCAUCCCCUUUAAUAGUAACUUGUUACUCCAAA